CAAAACAAAAGGGUGAAUCAUCUGCAAUUUUGGUUUUUGACGUUCGAGAAAAUUUCUGGAUUGCGUUUGUAAGAAAAGGCUGCGAAAAUUUAUUAAUUAUAAGCAAAAAAGCAAAAACUAAGUGUAUUAACAUUUAAAAAUGUCUGUAAAUACAGCACAUGCCAGUAAUGGCGUUCUGAUUCAUGCAGGAGAGUACAUAUUGCUGCACAGCGAUGGGGUUACUAUGGAUUUCUCGGGCCAGGACAACCCAGUUUUUAAAGGCUCAAAGCAGGGUCGUAUUUACUUGACUUCUCAUCGGCUCAUUUUCAACAAUAAGAAGCCGGCAGAUGACUUGCAAUCCUUUAGCGCACCAUUCAUCGCCUUAUCAGAUGUUGAAUUGGAGCAACCAGUAUUCGGCGCCAAUUACAUCAAGGGCAAGGUACGCGCCCAGCCAAAUGGCAAUUUCAUUGGCGAAGUCAAGUUUAAGCUACACUUCAAAUCUGGUGGCGCUAUUGAAUAUGGCCAAGCAUUGCUGCGCGCUGCAAGCACAGCACAAAGCAAUUACCAUCGUGGAGGCGCUUACAAUGAUGAUCCACCACCAUACACACCAUCGGGUGCGUGGCAUGAGGCGCCACCUCCGGCCUAUCAACCCCCACCAGGCUACUACGGAUGGUUGCCUACACAUGAGGCAUUUAGUGGCCCAGCACCGAAUACGGUGUUCGUAAGCGAUAAUCCACCACCAUAUCCAGGCAUUGGUGGACCACCAGCUUACAUCCCGCAACAGUAUCCCCAACCCGGCUAUAACCCACAAGCAGGCUACACACAACCACAAGCUGGUUAUAAUCCACAGCAUCCACAAUCUGGUUAUAAUCCACAACACCCACAAGCUGGUUAUAAUCCACAACAACCACAAGCUGGUUAUAAUCCCCAGCAACCACAAGCCGGUUAUAUUCCACAACAAGCACAAACUGGUUAUAAUCCACAACCGCCGCAAGGUGGCGGCGAUCCACAACCACAAUAUGGCAAUAAUGAUGCUACCUCUUGGAUGGGUUUUUCAGCUCCACCUACUGAUCAGUCACAACAACAGCCACAACCUGGCAACCAGCCACCCCCUUAUGGUGGCACGGGCUAUGGCCAACAAGGCGGUUAUCAACCCGCUGCACCCGGUGGCUACAACCCGGCAUAUAAUCCGGCAUACAAUCCAGGCUAUCAACAUGGUGGUUAUCCACCACCGGGCGGUGCACCAGGCGGAGCUGCGGCCGGGGCUAUGGGCUUCGGCAUGCCGCCAGCAAAUUCGAAAGAAGCCGAGGCAAUGGCUAGCUCCCAAAAUACAACCUACAACCAAUAUUCUAACAACGCUGCCCCCAGUGACUUGCCACCAGCGUAUGAUGCUCUACCACGCAAUUAUAAUAGCGAGAACAAGAAGCAGCAAUAAAUUGAACUAUCAACUUGCUCACAAAAAUUACCAAACGUCUACUCUACAAAACCCACACAAAAUUUAAGAGUCACAAUUUGCAAAGCAUAGAUAAAAAGUGUGUAUUUUGUGGUUUGCUGGCUGACAUUGUUGCUUUGGGCUAUUUAUGUAUGUGCUUUAUUCAUUCCGCUUGACUUUGGUGUAACAAAAAUUCUACAUAUGUAUACACAAAUAAACACUAUACUAUGCAAAAAAUUGUAUAUGUAUUCUACAAAAAUAUUAUAAUCCAAAUAUAUGUACAUAUAAAAUUCUUAUACAUAUACACACAUUUAUACCAAAUACUUAUACAUGCAUUCUAGCUACAUAUUUAGUAAAAGGGUUUUGAUUAUAAAAAAUAGUAAAAUUAGUAGAAUAUUAGUUUGGUCACCUGAUGAAACAUUCGUCUUAACAAACCUAAAAAUAUGAUCAAAUCUCAAUUUUCGUUUUGACUUUGCAAUUUGUAAAAUUUAUUGUACGAAAUAUGAAAUUACUUUCAGUAUUUCCUUAUAAUCGAUUCUUUAUAUGCACUAAACAUUUUUCUUGUCUUUAUAUCGAUCCGUUUUUGUUUGAAACUGUUUAAAUUUUGUUACUGUUAUUAGUUGUUUUCUUAUUAUAACUAUGUAUACAAAUUUAAAUAAAACUUAACUGAAAAAAAACUGUUAUCUGCAUGUGUUCAUUUAAAAAAUAAACUUCAGUUAUGCAGCUGAAGUCACAUCGGUCGUUUCACAACUUUAAACUUUUACAUACGUUUUUUAACCUCUACAAGACCAUACUCGUGCUUGUAAAUUUAGGGUUACGUCCAUGACGGUUCGCUCUUGGCAACGGCCCAAAAUAUU